CAGCAGCAGCAGCAGCAGCAGUGGCGGUGGGUGUGGGGGCUGGACAGCUGGGAGUCUGGGAGGGAGGCGGUGUCUGGCAAUGUUUACAGUUGAUAGCGAGCGAGAGGAGAAGAGGAAAGGGACUGAACGCCUGCACCGCUACGCAGAAACCGUGUUUUAUUCCUGCUAGGUUGACGUCACGAGGAAGUGCAGAAGGUGAACUAGGAAAAGCAGAAGAGAAUAUGUGUAGUCAUAGAAAAGUCCGUACGUGGUGGGGCUGAAUGAGGUGGCCCGAUGUGACGCGGCUGAGAGAUCAGCAACUGGAGGAGCGAUGACUGCCUGAGCUGAAUCAGGAAUGUUUGCUGACCGGGCAUGGUGUUAUUGAUUGCCACCACCACCACGAGACGGUGGCCAGCAGCACACGCACACAAUUCAUUCAUUUACCGCGUCACGCUAGAAAGUGCAAUUACGGAGUGUUUUGCCUUCGAGUCCAAGAUGCUUUGUGCUUCAUUGUUUACGGUGGCGAGUAAGUGAAUCUCAGUCACAAACUAAUAUAGUAAGCAAUACGCCAAAGACGGAGUUUGGAGUUUAAAGUUGUCGAAAUUAUUAGUGGCUGGAAUAUUGUUAAACAUCCUCGCUACCAAAAUGGUGCUUUGGAGAGAGAACGCGAACAGUCACUCUCGCAUCAAGUCGCGGAGGAAGUGGUUCGAUCACAGGACAAGCAGGCAUUACUCUGAUGCGAAUAAAAGAUCGACGAGUAGGCAUCCUCAGGAAAAAUGCAAGUCUCGGAUUGUGAAAACAAUGGAGGAAAGUGAGAGACUACAGAAAGAAAUCAGGAAAAUAGAGAAACAAAAUUGUGCCCAGCAGAGGCGCCUUCAAGAACUCGAGAGACUAGUGAUGCAGCUCACGCAAGGCAAGACCCCACAGAUAGUGCCAGGCAUUCCACCAAACACCUUUGCCCUUAACCCAGACACGCCCAGGAUUGUGAGAGAAAAGCAAAGGAAAGAAAUGGUUCCAUCCCUAGCGCACUGUGAGAACCAAGCCUUGGGUUGCAGGACUGAGAAGGAAGAUGCAAUUCCCAGUGACCUUGUAAGUCUCAUGGAAGAGUUUGAUAGAAAUGGUAUUGAGAAUGGUGUGUAUGGGGUGACUCCUUCUCACAGUGUGUCUGAUGCACAAGACACUGAUCUGGAGCAGACGUUAGAUGUGACAAUGCCAAAUGAGGAGGUUUGCAAAAGCACCUCACUUGAAGGUGUCCAUUCGUCACCUCUGCCAGUUUUCAUCACGCCAAGCUACCAAGAUAGCGCCUCUGACAGUUACAGUACCAGAUAUUCCGAGGAGCCUCACCUGUUUCCUCAGCUGUGCUUCACAACUCCUGCCCUCCUUACCUUGGAUGCCUUGAAGGAAACAGAGCAAAGAAUAGAUGAACUGGACAGUGAUCAUGUAAACCAAGAUUUUGAGCACAGCAAAUGGAAUGUUGCCGUUUCCACAGUACCGAUCAGGUCACCAAGAGAUUGUUCAGUUGGCAGUGUACUGAGAAAAAAUAACCCAUUCUCAAACCUUCUAACGUGGCUCCAGCAAACCUCUAAACCCAGUGCAGCACAGCAUAAAGCCUCAGAGAAAGGACGUCUUCAUGCCACGGAUCAGCAUGACUCGUCGGUCUGUAAUGAGCCACCAGGGAGUCGCAGCCCCGGCCAGGACAGCGUUACACAGCACGUGCACAGGUGGAGCCAGUCACUGAGGCUGCCUUUCCUUUCCCCGAUGCCUGAGAGUCUAUACAGUGACAAGGAACCAAGUGCAUCAGAUGAAGAUUUCUUUACUGAGUUGACGUUCAGUCUAGCUGAGAAGGCAAAUGGAGAGACAUCAGAUGAGGAGGAGCUGGUGGUGGAUGAGGCAGUGUCACAUUCAGUGGCUGUGGGACGGCGGCAGCAGCAGAGAAGACAGCGGCAACGCAAUGAGUCUGUGUGUUCUUUUGCUGGCCCCUGUGUGGCUCCUGACUUGCUACUGGCUCCAGACAGCGGGGGGACUGCCAGCCAGGUGAGGGAAGAGGACAUCAUGACAGAGAUUGCUGGGGAGCUGGAUUGUUCCAUGUUGAUUGAGGAACCAGCAGUACCAUCACCAGUAAAGCAAGAGAAAGAAGAGAGAUGGCAAAUGAAAGAAGUGAAAGGCAAGAGGGGACCAUCAACUAUAAAACAAGAGGUGGAGUGCGAUUUGGAUUCCAUAGAUGUGAAAAGGGAGCCUUUAGAGGUGUCUCAAAUAUCCAUACAAGGUGUUGAAGACAUCGAGUCUGACAAAGUUCAAAGACAAGCCAGUGAUAAAGAGGAGACCCAGCAACCUUCUCUAGCUACAGAGAGGAAGGACAUGAAGCUUCCAGCUGGUUCUGUUGUGUUGGCCAUGGUUGAUGAGGCGGGCUCCCUGGUGCCCCUCCCUCAGUUUAAAGUGAACCCGCAAACUCUGACUGAUGCCCUUGACCAUACCCCAGAGGAAGAUGUUGAUGUUGAAACUGUUUCUGAGAAAACUCCAGUUCUUGAGGCUGGUGAUCUAGCCAGCCUUCUUGCUCAGUUUGAGGCAUCAGAGGCUGUCAACACUCCAGACAGUGACAGUCCUAGACCAGAGUGUGCAGCAGCUGGAGUAAACAAGGAAACAGGAGUGCCCACAGACAGCCUCCAGACCCCAAACACAGAGAUCUCUCAACAUAAGAAGACUUUGCAGGCCUCGCCCACGCACCAGAAUAUUAAGGAUGCACUUCCUAAGGAAAUUAUUGAAAAGAUAAAAGCAUCAACUAAGCGGAAAAGCACACAGAUGUUAUCAGAGCCAGUCGCAGUGCGCAAGGGAAGGGGAGCCAAGACAAAGGACUCAAGCAGUUCCCACCGCACCAAAGGGAGCAGAGCACCAGCACAGCAGCCACAGCCACCAGCUGGACCUCAGCAGAGCCAAAAGGACCAGAGAGUGCCACCACCUUUGGACCAUGACUACUGCUGCUCCACUGACAAAACCAAGCGUGGUAAUCGAACAUCCUCAGAUCGUUCGUUCAAUAAGCUGCCAGAGUACUACACCACAAUACCCACGAAAGAUGGUGAUGUCAAGAAAUCUGGGACCACCUCCUCUGAUGAUGGACAAGAUGAUGUAGGGAAGAAAGACAGUGGCGUAGAGUCCGGUGAUGUGAGUGAUGCCAGUGUGGAAAUCGAAGAACGCAAGAAAGAAAGUAAAGAAUUCAAGAUAUCCCAGGAUCCUACCAAUACAUCAGGCGAAAGGAAAAAGGGAGAUAAUGGUGACAAAGCAGAUGUUUAUAACAAAUUGCCUGCCUAUGUAACUGAUAUAAGCAAUGUCAAACCCAGGGAGGAGGAGGUGCAGGAGGAGGCUGGCACUGAAGUGAAAGCUGAAGAGAAGGAGCCUGACAUCCAAAAACAGCAGGAAACCAAGAAGCACAAACGGAAACUGAAUCUCUCUGAAUACCGGCAGAGAAUUAAGAGUGCCCAGAACAGCAGGUGUCCCUCUCCUGCUUCCUCUACCACCAGCACUAUUGCCAACAGUCCCCAACAAGCCACUGAGGCUGUUGAGGGGACACAAAUCCCCACUCAGACCAUGGCUGAGGAGCAGGAUGUCCAGGACCCACCUCAGGAGCCUGAAACUGCUCCCAAAGAGGAAAUGGAAGAAGGUGAGCUGGAGGGAGACUCUGAGCCUGAGAUUCUGACCAGAGUGAAUCCUGGCACUAUAAACAAUGAAGGCUCUUCAGAGGUCAUUCCUGUACGUCCAGACUCCAAAAUCAAGAAUGGUGAAAACACACUAGGAAGCCUGGUGUUUUUCAAAAACUCAUCCACCAAACCUGACACACACUGGAAGGCAGGAUCCCACCAAGGCUUGUCCUCCAGAAGAUGGUCAUCUUCUAGCAGAAGCAGGAGUCGAAGUAGAAGUAGAAGUCACAGCAGGAGCCCAGUCCUCAACAAGAAGAGGCACUCUCACAGACACCACCGUUCUUCCCGCAGCAAGAGGAGGAGCUACAGGGGAUCCCGUUCGUCACAGUCUCCCAGGCCAUGGAGGAGGUGGUCAAGGUCACGCUCUCGUUCUAGGUCAAGAGGCAGUUCCUCUUCCUCAUCCCACAGUCACAGUUACUCCAGCUCCAGAUCUAGAUCAAGGUCCCGCUCACGGUCCUGCUCUUCCAAGACCAGAGACAGGUGGGGUUACUGGCGCUGGGGUUCAAGCAGGAAGAGACACUCGCCCAGUGGGUCACGGUCCGGCUCAUCUCACUACAGAGGUGGACGGUCUCGGUCUCGGUCUCGGUCUCGGUCCCGAUCACCUAUUUGGAGGGGUGCAGGACACUCUCGCUCACCCUCCCGUAGCCUUUCCGGCAGGUCCAGGAGGCCGGAGGAUGAGAACAGAGUGAAACAGGUGGAGGAACGGCGGGUGAUAUACAUUGGCCGUAUUUCUGAGGGGACCACCAAGGCAGAGUUACGGACACGUUUUGAGAAGUAUGGUACCAUUGUUGACAUUAGUGUCCACUUCAGGGAACAUGGAGACAACUAUGGCUUUGUCACGUACAAAAACCGGGAUGAAGCCUACUGUGCAGUUGAACAUGGAAACGACGAUCCAAAACUUCCUCGUUAUGACCUCUGCUUUGGGGGCCGACGGGCCUUCUGCAAGGUGUCCUACUCUGACCUGGAUGCUGAGCCUGCUGAAUCCUAUGAAGGGGGACUAAUUGCAAGACAAGCCGACCCAUUAGACUUUGACUCCCUCCUGCGAGCAGCAAUGAAGAGAAAUAUGCGAUGACCUUGGUGCUGCAUAGUCUUUUUCUCUUUAGCGUUGAUGUUUAUUAGUUGACCAAUGACUUGUGUUUGUAGUACCUUUUGUCUCUCACCCUUAGGGGUUUCCUGUAAUGCAGCAGUUUAUCAGAUAACAAAGGACAUCUUCAUCUCUUGAAGGUAAUCAAAUUCUGUAUUAUUUAAUAAUUCUGGUUAUCAUCAUCAACUAUUCUAGUUUGCUAUUUUAAAUAUUUGUUCCAUUAUCUUCAACUAAAACUAUUGCCAAAAUUAUGACAGCAAAGUUUUAGGUCUUCUUUCAAGUGGGUGAACACCACAGACCCAGAAAGGUCGUAGUGUACAUAAUCUUAAAGCUUUACAAUGAACAUUAUGGGAAUUAGAUAUUUGGUGUUGCUCAAAACUCUUGAAAUUUUUUUUAUUAUUAUUGUUCAUAAUUGAAUUUUCUUUAAUUCAUAAGUAAUUAAGCACACUUUGUUCUAUUUGCAUCUUUGAAUUGUUUUGUGAGGCAAGAUAACUAACUAACUGCUACCUACCUAGAUAUUGUGAUAAUUUGUAUCUCUUCUGUCCAUCCUACAGGCUGAUUUCACAGAACAGUGACUAUAUUGUGCUUUUUUUCCUGUGGUGCUGUAUUUGGUGGGAUGUAUUUUAUAAGUAAGAAAAGAAAAAUAGCACAGUCAAUCUUUGUCCCCUUGCAGCCACACACGUGUGAUGUGAAGAGUGAAUGAUACCAGUUUGUUGAUUUACACUUAUGAGUGUAAUACGUUCUUAAUUGGCUCUUUCAUCUGGAGCAUUUAUAGCCUAUCAAACAUUAUUACCAGGUUACAUUGGUCUGAAUACUGCAUUGUUUGGAAUACACAAUUGCCUUAGGCUAGGCUGAUCUGGAGAGCACACCCCUGCUUCCUACCUUUCACCAAGACAACUGAAUGGUGAGUAUUCUUGCUGCUUGCCAGUAUAUAUAUAUAUAUAUAUAUAUAUAUAUAUAUAUAUAUAUAUAUAUAUAUAUAUAUAUAUAUAUAUAUAUAUAAUACACGGUGGAUUCAAUACUUGAACUUAAUUAAUUCCAGAUGGCUGUUCGAGUGUCAAGUUCGACUAGCAAUACCUAUAAAUCAGGUUAUUCGUUCUGAUCUUAGCAAUUUUAAAAAAUUUUCAAUGUAAUUUUUUUUUUUUAAUUUGAUUUGUACAUACUGUAAGUGAAGGUUGGUGAUGUAUAACAUAGAAGAGGAAAAGAGAAGGGUGGAGAGGGUAAGGUUGUCAGAGGACAAGUCACCAUCCAUGAAAACAUCUGGUGUGAUUACUGUAAACCCACUAGUGGAGGGAUGUGGCUCACUAAUCUUUGCACUUUCACUAGAUUCCUUAUUUUCACCUCUAAAGGCUUAUUAAAGUUUCUAAAUGAAAAACUACCAACAGAACACAGAAGAAUGUGGUUUUUGUCAAGACUGCGGCAGGACUAGGGAUGCGCACCGGUUUAUCGGGUAAUAUGGUAUCAGAACGGGACAAUAGUGGUGUUGGAGAGGGAGAGUCCAGAGCUUUGUUUACAACCAUGUGUGCGGCCAUUCAAUUACCAGAUAUUUUCACCACUAAUAAGCCUUUGGAGUUAAUGUAAGUUUAUAAAUGAAAAAUUACAGACAAAACGCACGAAUGUUAUUCUGAAGACCGCAGCAGUACAACUGGCAGAGGGUGAGGGAGAGGAUAAGGAGCCUUUGUUUACAUGUGGACAUUUGACUAUCAUGUAUUUUUUUAAGUAUUAAAUCGAACUUUUGUGUUCAAGUAUUGAAAAGUUAGACCAUUAAGAUGUCUCCACUAUAUAUAUAUUGGCAGCUGAACAGAAAGCGGGGGAGGCAGAGGCCUUGACUUCCAAAUCAUCGAGGCCUGUAGAUACUCAACAGUUGAGUUCACUAAUGGAGAAUUGUGGUCCACAAACACUUAUGACAACUACACUCACUGCAGCUCUUUCCAGCCUCUUGGGGAAUCACAGUCCCUGCCAGAGACUCUUAAGUAUUAGUAUUUGUCAUUUAAAGAGAGCUUGUGAACAAAGAUGUCAAAAAUUCUGUACAUAGUAAUCUGCUUCAAUAAUGCCAAAUGUUACUCAUUACUCUGGUUAGAAUAAUUUAAUGCAGUCUCGUCAAGAGUGUUAAUAUCGUUUCAGUUACUUGUACGACAUAAGUUGAAUUUUGUCAGUUUUUAUAUUUGAAGUGGCCUGAUUCUGCCAUAUGACGUGAUGAUGUGCCAUAGGGAGUUGUUACUGUUUCUUGUUGAAGAGUGGGUGCAGCAGUGCACCUUGAUAUUGAGAGUAUGUACAGGUUCAUCUGUGACUGGUUUUGUACCAUAGUUUUACAAUAUUUAGUGAGUGAGAGAAUGACAAGUAGCCACAUACUUAUGCACAUAAUUUCCUCUAUAAUUAACACUUUAAAGCUUCAAAACUAAAGUAAGAUGUGAUAAAGCUCGUGAUAAAUGGUAUGCUUGUUUUUAUAAUGGGCAGUUUUAAGAAUUAUUUGGAACAGAUAGCAUAAACUUGCAAGGAAUGUUAGUUUUCAUUGAAGGGAAAUCUUACCAUAUACAGUUCUAAGUAGAGAAGGUUAGAGCACAAGUCAUGCAGCUAAGACAUGUUUCCAGAUGAUUAUUAAGUAGCAGAUUUAGCAAUGCUUAAUUUACAUCUGCACUAAAGUCUUUAAACACUGUACAUAAUCAGGCAUGUCGUCUUUAAUACAAAUUACAAUAAACAAAAUUUCCACAUGACAAUUUUAGUAGUGGUACAACGUCAAAUGUUCUAGGCAUCAGAGGGCAACUCCAAUACUAGUGGGGGUUUUUGGCUUAAAAGCACAUAGAGGAAAACAAAGUCCAAACACUGAUAUGGUUUGCUCAUCUGCAUUAAACUCCCAAUAUAGUGUAUAGCUUUCUUUAAAAAAAAAGUAAUGGAACACUAACUUUGGUUAAAUAAUAUAAAAUGGCUUGGUGACUGACUGUUGCUGGAGCAGAUAUCACAUGUUAAGAGAUUCAGUGUUUGUGGCACAGAACAGUAUCACAUAGACAGCAAGACUAAUCUGGCUAAAGUAAUAAAUUUAUUGUAGUCUGGUUAGAGAAGUAAUUAUUAUAUUUAUUUUGAGCCUUUGUUGCCAGUUUUACAACUUUACAUCUAUAUUGUUGAAUAUAUAAUGCUUGAAACACUUGAGUUAGGGUUAGAGGUUAAUUCUAAAUUCAAACAAAUCAAGAAAGGCUGCAUCUGACCACACACCAUUCUAGAUAUAAAAGUUAACACUAUCAUCCUUCCCUGCCACUGAUUACAAAAAUGUGGCAUAACUGUAAUAGAGUAUGGCAAACAAGGCAUUAAAAUUUCACUGUAGCAUAACUAAUUUAGUAAACAAGGCUUAAAUUGAAAUCAAUAGUGAGCCUGUAAUAUUAUAUUAACUAUUACCUGAAUAUGUAGCAGAUGGUGUAAGGCCAUUCUGAUGAUAUUAAUCCUGACAAACUUUUAAUUUUAUUUUAUUAAUUUCCAUUCUCAUAAUAACUGCAAAUUUGGAUGAACUUCCGUACUGAGUGAUUGUAUUUCGGGUUUUUGAACUUUGACUACAAGACUUUUUUAAGAUUAAGUUCUGAAGAAAUAUAUUGAAGGGAAGGUGAAGGCAAGUAACCCCCUCUUCAUGGGUUUGUUGCUGUUGAAACUAGUAACAUAAUUCAUUCAGAGUUAAAUUGUUAUUGUGAUGUACAUGAGUAAGUGACUACUGUACUGUACAUGAUAGCAUUUUAAGGCCACAUGAAGAUAUUAAUUAUUGCAUAUUACCCUUGAAGGAGUUGAUUUUGUUACUUUUAUACUUUUUUCAGAAUACUUUUUGCCUGUAAGAAGGCACCAUGAAUACCUAACGAUGGAUGCUGUGUGCACCAUUACUCUCAUGUUGCUGUAGUGUAUCUUAUGCUUCUCAAACAGGCUGCCUCUGGCUGUGAAGUGUUUGGAUUAAUCAGGUGGGCUGUGUAGUGACAUUGAGAGGCCUAAGGUUGUGAAGCCUGUGGGAGAUGGAAGUGCCUACCUUUGAUUAUCAAAAGAUGUGGAUAUUUAUUUAUAAAUGUUUCAUGGUUUGCUAAUGGUAGGAACAUAGGCAGUUUGUCUGCAUUCAUUUAUUGCAUGCCUUACUUUAAUUUCUUGAAUGGUAUAGUCGUACUACCAAAAAGGAAAUAUGUAAUAAUAUAGGAAAAACCUAAGACAUUUGAUUUUUAUUUCUUCAAAAUUUAUUCUAAUGUCAAAUUAUCUUCACUCAGUUCAAAUUUGAAUUCAUAAAUUCUGAAUCUUAAAUCCACCUCAUAUGAAGAGCCCCAUGCAAUAGGGGCCAACAUGCCACUAUUGUAGUUUUGAAAGGUUUAGGGUUAACUUUGAACAAUUGUAGCACAUAGAAAAAGGCGUAACUAUAAAGUAUCAUACAUCAAUGGAAAGCCUAUACUGUGAGUUUACCUGAAAGAAAGAAAUAAACCAAAAACCCACAAAAAGAAAAAAUGGGUUUCCUUGGAUUGCUGCCCAAAUCAGACCACAGGUAACUGGUACUAUGAAUAUAGCUAUCAAAAUUUUGUGGGUUUUUACAAUGUUGUGUCAGUAAUAAAGGCAUUAUUCAUUGACACCAUCACUGUUGGGCAUAUUACUUAACAAUGAAUGUGUAAGUUGCUUAUGUGGUGCUGGAUGGAAGGAUGGAGAGGUUAAUAAUAAUAAAUCCAGGACUAAAGAACACUAAAUGAGAUGAUAAGAUGAGUGCAUGUACACAGCACAGACUGAGACUCAUGGUUGCCACACCACUAAUUGGUCGAGAGUGGGGCGUGGUAUCCCAACCAUGCUCACAUUAGCUGCCUGCCUAUGUUAGUUGAACUCUAUUGCCCACUAAAACUUGAUCCAUCUAGUUAUUUCUAGCUGCUUUCUAUACACCAAAGUUAGCAACGCUCAGCCUGGUGUAGCUCUGCUAUAAGGACGAUUAUUGAAAUUUGAUUUUCACCACAUUUCAUCAAUAGUUGGUCUGGUGGAAAACACAAAGAGCUCAAUUUUGGUGGUGGUGGUGGUGUUGACCCCUAUCGCACAAGGCUCCUCAUAUACUCUGAUGGUUAUUCCAUUUCAAUUUUGUACACCUAUUUUUGUAUAUUUUUUAAACCAAUGACAAAACAGUCAUCCUCAGUUAAGAGACUAAGGUGGAAAUUAUUGUAUGAUAAAAGUAUUAUUGUUUGUUGUUAUGGGUGUAAAGGAAAAGCCUUGAAAUGCUUUGUUUCUACUGAAAACUGCUUCAGUGACUCGUAUAAGUGUGACGAGUGUUCCUGUGUUGUAUAAUAGCAGGGUCUUGCUUUCAAGGCAGGGUGGUCAAAUAAAGAUUGUAUAUACAAACA